AUGCUAUCAUCUUUAGUCUUUCUAGAUGGUCUUCGAAUACCAAUUGUCAUCCGUCUUGAGAUGGUGUUGGAGCAUCGUGGGGAGAAUCAAUAUUUGAUGAUGGAUGAAGAAUCUCCUUUACUGGAUGAACAAAAUGCACCAAACCAACAAGCUACCAGGAAUAAACAGCAGACGAAAAAUGAAGAUGAGAGACCGGGCUUCUUAGGAGUGGCUGCUCUUCUGCUAGGGGCCUUUGUCGCUGGAGGAGACGAGUCAAUGGUUAUAUCGACAUAUGGGUCCAUAGCCUCUGAUUUGCACCAACUAUCCCGAGGGCCGUGGCUUGUGACUGGAUAUACACUGGGUUAUUGUGUUGCCCUGCCAAUUUAUGGAAGAUUGAGCGACACAGGUACCGCCACUUCAAUCACUCAGGCUAUCUUUGGGAGGGUAUUUAUGGGGCUUGGCUCGGCUGGAAUGAUGGCCUUGAUUUCCAUUAUUAUCACAGACCUCGCAGGUAUCCAGCAAAUUGCGCUAUACAGAAGUUAUGUCAACGUAGUAAGUAUUACAGGCCGAAGCCUUGGUCCUGCGCUCGGGGGAUAUCUAGUGGACACUGUGGGCUGGAGAUGGUCGUUUCUUGGUCAAAUUCCGCUUGCGACUGUGUGCGCAAUUCUAGCGGCGUAUUAUAUCCCCAUCUGCACAUCAUUUCCACCAGAUGUAGAGGGCGAAAUCUCUAAAAAUAGCAAUCCUAGCCUUUCUUCUACUCUGCGUCGUAUAGAUUUCGCCGGCUUGUUUUUUCUAACACUGUCAUUGUCUAUUUUGCUAUGGGUUUUGGACGUUGCGGGGCGUAAAUUAUACUGUGACGUUUAUGAUCUUUUGCGGUUUCUUGCCUGCGUUGUUGUGUUUAUCGUUUUCCUUUUUAUCGAGGCCUACUGGGCUAAGGAGCCAUUGACCCCCAUAUGGAUGAUCGGACAAAAUGGAAUCGGGUUUCUGUUUCUCGUGCAAAUCUUGCUUUCCUGGGGUCGUUUAUCCACUCUUACACACCUAGCAUCAUUUUAUAUUCGAACAAAGGAUACGUCGAAUGUGGUUGCGUCGACAUAUAUCGUUCCGUCCAGCAUCGGAACCGCGUUAGGGGGUUUGGUAUCUGGCGUGAUUAUCAGCAGAACCAAGACCUAUAAAACCCUCUCUAUCGGAUCGUUGGCACUCGGCUGCCUGGCGUAUAUUGUGAUAGCACUUCGCUGGGUCCACAAAACGAGUGCUUGGGAGGCACUAUACGUGUUUCCUGCAGGGCUUUCAUUUGGGCUAGUUCUUUCUGCUCAAUUCGUUUGGCUAUUAGCCAAUGCCCCAAAAUCUCAUAUAUCAACCGCUGUGAGCAGCUACUAUUUAUGCCAGGAAGUAGGCAUGGUGCUAGGUGUGGGCACAUCAACGCUACUCAUGCAACAGGAUUUCUAUCGAAGACUGUUCAGGUCCUUAGAGGGCGUGCCUCACAGGGAGGAGAUUAUUCAGGGAAUCCUGGAGGACAUGCAUUUUUCACGGUCUUUGCCGGAAAAGAUCCAAGCUGUUGUACGAUCCGAAUAUUCGCAGAGCUUUCAGCUCAUGCCCACGGUCCCGAUUGUUAUGCACCUUCGGGAAAAGCCUCUAGCAUGA